AUGGCUCAUCGGAAGCAAGCACAUUCUCCGGCGCUCUCAAGAGCCGCGAGAGGGGGUUUGCCUCUGGGAGAACCCAGGCGACGGGUCGUAUUCCACGCUUUCCGAGGCCCCAGUUCCCCAGCCUGUUGCCGGCCCGCUCGGCCCUGGGACCCUGAUGGACACGACCGCCAGAUCCAUGACGCGGGCGACGUGUCGGCCGUGUUCAGCUUCGGCGACGAGAUCGUCAUCAAAAUCCGGCUCGCCACCGAUGAGACCCGGCGGGAACCCGAAACCCUGGCGUCCCUCGCCAAACAGCAACAACAUCUCAGUUUUGACAUUCAUACCGUCCAUUUCUACGUGGAAGACGCGGGCAAAACCUACCUGGACCGCCUCAGACAGCAACUGGAUGAACCCACUGCAAGAGACGCGCAACGGCAGUGUCGAGGCCGUCCAACAGCAGUGCGAGACUGCGAGGCGUUGGGGAUGGAUUGCUCGGUGUUUGUGCUGGCGCACAACGACCUCGGACCGACCAACAUCAUCGUCGACGGGGACCGGAUUGUCGUGGUCGACUGGCAGAUGGCCGGGUAUGUGCCGUUGGAGUGGGUGCGGACCAAGUUUGCGAGUUGCGGUGUCUUGGGUGUGGAACGUGUGCGUACUAGGGGACCUGGCGGCGAGGGCCCGGUGCGGGUCACGGCUGAGCGCAACGGGGAGUACCGAGUAUCCCGUUGCGUGUUGAGAGAAGGCUGGAGGGGGUGGGAUUUUCGGAGGUCACGGCGGCGUAUAAGAGGAUGCAUGGUGUGCGCGAAGUGGAAUGGAGGACAAGUAGGCCGUGGCUUCAAUGAGCGGACAGCAUCUAUUACAGAGAACAUACGGGUUUAG